CAUUUAUUUAUUUUUUAUGAUGAUUAUUACUGUUGUUGGUGAUAACCAGACCCCUUUUCCUCCGCAUCAUCGUCUCCGUGCAGAUUUUUCGUGAAGGAAGUGGUUCUGUUCUCUCUGCCCCUUUCCUUCAACCAUUCGAGAUCGCAUUAGAUCGCACCCGAAAUGUACGGAUUCGAAGCUCUCACCUUCAACAUCCACGGCGGUUACCUCGAGGCCAUCGUUAGGGGCCACCGCGCGGGCCUUCUCACCACCGCCGAUUACAACAAUCUCUGCCAAUGCGAAACCCUCGACGACAUCAAGAUGCACCUCUCCGCCACCGAGUAUGGUCCUUACCUUCAAAACGAACCUUCUCCGUUGCAUACCACCACGAUUGUGGAGAAGUGUACUCUUAAGCUGGUUGAUGAUUACAAGAACAUGCUAUGCCAAGCCACAGAACCCUUGUCAACCUUUUUAGAGUAUAUCACAUAUGGUCACAUGAUAGACAAUGUUGUUUUGAUUGUUACUGGAACCUUGCAUGAAAGAGAUGUUCAAGAACUGCUAGAAAAGUGCCAUCCACUUGGCAUGUUUGACAGUAUUGCUACUCUGGCAGUUGCUCAGAAUAUGCGGGAGCUUUACAGGCUGGUUCUUGUUGACACUCCUCUGGCUCCAUACUUUUCUGAGUGCAUUACAUCAGAGGACUUGGAUGAUAUGAACAUUGAAAUAAUGAGGAACACUCUUUACAAGGCAUACCUUGAAGACUUUUACAGAUUUUGUCAGAAACUUGGUGGUGCCACUGCUGAGAUAAUGUCUGACCUUCUAGCUUUUGAGGCCGAUAGAAGGGCUGUGAAUAUUACCAUAAACAGCAUUGGUACUGAACUUACUAGAGAUGACCGUAGGAAAUUGUACUCUAAUUUUGGUUUGCUCUACCCAUAUGGUCAUGAGGAACUUGCUGUCUGUGAAGACAUUGAUCAGGUUCGUGCUGUUAUGGAAAAAUAUCCCCCCUAUCAAUCUAUUUUUGCAAAGUUAUCAUAUGGAGAGAGCCAGAUGCUUGACAAGGCAUUCUAUGAGGAGGAGGUGAAAAGGCUUUGCUUGGCGUUCGAGCAACAGUUUCAUUAUGCAGUGUUCUUCGCAUACAUGAGGUUAAGGGAACAGGAGAUCAGGAACUUAAUGUGGAUUUCAGAAUGUGUGGCUCAGAAUCAGAAGUCCAGAGUUCAUGACAGUGUUGUCUUCAUAUUUUAGUCGGAUUGCUCAUUAUAGUUUGUAUGUUCGUUUGGACAAAUUGUUUGUAUACCUUCUGCAUUCUCCAUCUGAGUUGUCGAUUGAUAGACACUAGCAGCCACUGUUCAGAAGAUUGUGAUAAAAAAAUAAGUAAUCUUGAGCUGAUGAAAUCUUCUGUAAUAUGGAAGGAAGAUUUUUAUAGUCAAAUUGAUUAAAUUAUGUUCAGUUUUAAAGGUGUUAAAUUCAAUUUGUAAGUUGUGAUUUUUGCAAUAAUAUUUAUAUGGAAUAAAAUUGCUAGCUGGGUCCACGCUUUGCUGCCU